GGCUGGAGCCACGACUAGAAGCGGGCUCGGGGAGAGAGAGGAGGCCGGGAGCUUGGCGGCAGCGGGGGGCUCGGAGUACGGGGCAGAGUGCAGUAUAAGGAGAAGCAAUGUCUGUCGUUAAUGAUGAUGACAUCCCACAGGUGGAAAGGAAGACAGUGACUGAUUUCUGCUACCUGCUGGACAAGUCUAAGCAGCUCUUCAAUGGUCUGAGGGAUUUACCUCAGUACGGACAGAAACAGUGGCAGUCUUACUUUGGGAGGACAUUUGAUGUUUACACAAAACUCUGGAAAUUUCAGCAGCAGCACAGACAAGUCCUAGAUACCCGAUAUGGUCUCAAACGCUGGCAGAUCGGAGAAAUCGCCUCAAAGAUUGGACAACUGUACUACCAUUAUUAUCUUCGCACGUCAGAGACAAGUUACCUUAAUGAGGCCUUCUCCUUUUAUUCUGCAAUCAGGCAACGCUCUUACUAUUCGCAGGUCACCAAGGAAGACAGACCCGAGCUGGUGGUGAAGAAGUUGCGUUAUUAUGCCCGCUUUAUUGUCGUUUGCCUAUUACUCAAUAAAAUGGAUGUUGUUAAAGACCUAGUCAAGGAGCUGUCAGAUGAAAUUGAAGACUACACACAUCGUUUUAACACAGAGGAUCAGCUGGAGUGGAAUCUUGUCCUUCAAGAAGUGGCUGCUUUCAUCGAGGCAGACCCAGUGAUGGUUCUAAAUGAUGACAACACCAUAGUGAUCAUUUCCAAUAGACUAGCGGAGAGUUCAGGGCCUGCAUUGGAGCAAGGCAUGGUGGUUGGUCAGCUAAUGCUUGCAGAUGCUCUUAUCAUUGGCAACUGUAAUAACCAGGUUAAGUUUAGUGAGCUGACCAUUGAUAUGUUCAGGAUGUUACAAGCCCUGGAGAGGGAACCAAUGAACCUCACCUCCCAGAUGAAUAAACCAGGAUUGCAGGACCCAGGGGAGAAGCCGACAAAAAGGGAGAACCCGCAUAAGUAUCUCCUGUACAAGCCAACGUUUAGUCAACUGUACACCUUCCUAGCAGCAUCUUUCAAGGAGCUGCCUGCAAACAGCGCCCUCCUGAUCUACCUGUCUGCUACUGGUGUCUUCCCAACAGGUCGUUCUGACUAUGAAGGUCCAUAUGAUUUUGGAGGCGUUCUCACCAACAGUAAUCGUGACGUUGUGAACGGGGAUGCUUUGCACAAGAGGAAUCAGACUUAUAAAGAAAUGCACUGCCUCCAUCCAGGCGAUCUCUACCCAUUCACCAGGAAACCCUUAUUUGUCAUUGUGGACUCUUCCAACAGUGUGGCCUAUAAGAAUUUUACCAAUUUGUUUGGCCAGCCUCUGGUUUGCUUGCUUUCUCCUACGGCGUAUCCAAAGGCUUUGCAAGAUCACUCACAACGUGGUAGUCUCUUUACCUUGUUCCUGAACAACCCGCUCAUGGCCUUUCUCUUCAUCUCUGGUUUGUCAAGCAUGCGCAAAGGACUGUGGGAUAAGUGUCAAGCUCACCUCCAAAAAAUCAACAGAGACAUUGCUCAACUUCUGACACACUCUCGAUCCAUAGAUCAAGCUUUCCUCCAGUUUUUUGGUGACGAAUUCUUACGUUUGCUUCUUACGCGUUUCAUAUUUUGUUCAGCGACUUUAAGGAUGCACAAGAGUUUUAGGGAAACUAGGAAUUAUCCAGAAACGUACCCUCCUCUGCCACGGGAUGAGAUGAUAGAAAACCUUCACCUUCAGAAACAGAUUUUGGAAUUGGCCUCAAUACUGGAUGUCCGAAACCUGUUCUUCGAGACUACAAUGGAUGAAUACUAAAAUUAGCACCUGUUUUACUUGAACAUUUUGUGCUUUUAAAGCCACAGAGUCUCAAAGGUGCAUUUUUAUAAGGCAAAUCCACCAUACAGAUACAGAGUACUUGACCUUUUUACUUUGUUUGUUUUAAGCCUUGAUCGUAGAGCAAGCACCUCUGGGAGAGAGAUGGUACGGAGGAGUAGGUUGUCUGUCUGCACUUUCCCCGCCCCUCUAUGGUCCGUAGUGUGGCACCUAGCACUUGUGUUUUUGCUUGUAGGGCAAAAGCCCUUGCUUCCUGCGCAUGAUGUUUUCUGUGUUCUAUCCUGGAAUAACAAUCCCCUAGCAUGGAAAGUCUCCUUUGUGCAAACAUAGGAGCACUGUGAAGAGAUAAUAAACUCCAGAACAAUGUCUGUAAUACAGGAUUCUGUUUAAGGCAUUAAUCCCCACACAUGCAAUCAAAGGCAGUCUGCAAUCUAGCUAUGCUGAGUUUUUGGGAAAGGGGGAGUUGUUUAUUUGUUUUUACAUUUUCACAUUGUUGAAUAGCACCAAUAAUAGUGGUUUACGGUACUUUGCGAAUCUUGCAUAAGCAUAAUGAAAUUGGAGAUAGGAAUUCAGUGAUAAGCUUUAUUCAUUUUCUUAUUUCAUUCUUUUCCUUAUUCCCAAAAAGGUCUAAUUUUCAUCUAGCAGUCGAUGUACCAAAGACAUCAGACUUUGAGUACAUGCUUUAACCCCUU